GAUGAGGUGGCGUCGUUCUUCUUGCAGGUUUUGUUGCCCUACACCAGACACCAACUGCAUGCUUCUAUCAUUGUCCAAGGCCCCACUCGAUCUCUAGCAACGGAGCUUCGGAAUGACACGCUCAAAGUGAUCCGGCGACUGCGGAAUGUGUUGCAGUCGGGAUACAUACUGCCCGGGAACGGGGGAUUCUGGUGUGCGUGUGCUGCAGCCGUCAAGGAAGAAGCCAAAGCUCUAGCGAAAUCCAACCAAGAGCUAAUGAGCUUUGCAAUUGCGCGCUUGGCGGAUCCGUUGACUGAACUUGGUGUCAUCCUGCGCGAGAAUUCGGGUGGUUGCGACCCAAUCACCGUCGAAAGUGAGUCAUUUUUCUCGCGACUGGCAAACGUUCAAAUGGUUCAACAACGCUUUGCACGCGGCGUGCAGGAUGUCGGUGCCGACAAGCUCUUUUCGCGCUACUACGACUUCCGAAGCGCUGAAUACGCCGUGCUUCCACCCAGCACAACGGAGCCAGAGAGCGAAGACGGUCGCGUAUUCCACGUUGACGAGUACAAGUCCAUGGGUUCCGCGAUCCGAGGAGCCUUUCGAGUGCUUCGACUUCUGCUGAGCAUCGAUCGGCACCGUAUCAACUAG